CGGAACCUUUCCCUCUCCCGCAAGGGGCGCUGCGUCUAUCAGUAGUGGGAAAAGAACGCACGAUUUAAAGUAAUAUUGAACAUCUCUCGACAAGUGGAAAAAUCUAUACAUGCAUCUGUUCUCGGUAAACGCCAGCAAAAGCCGUAAUACAUAUUUCAGUGUACAUUUCAUGCCGACAUUUAAAAAGGAAUAGUAACCCGUGUACCGAAUUCUGAAUUGGAACUAAUCGGGGAAAAGUUUAGCGAACUUCCCACAAAGUUUGUCAGUGAUGAAGUAUUAAUUUACCCGGAUGGAGUUACUUUGAUUGAAGUCAUAAACGAGGAGCGGCAAAGUGCCUAUGUCCGUCUGAUAUCGUAAAUGCGAAGGGCCUGAGUUUGGAUUUAGUUCGUGUUGGAACAUUGUUAACGUUCAGAGCUUUCGCUUAUUAUUGGAAUAUAUACUUGAUGAGAAGGCAGCGCUAAGGCACGUCAUAACGGCAUAUUUGCGAUUAGGUGAUAACGAUGGAGUUAACUGCAUCAGUAUUACGGCUAGGCUUUGGUGUGAUAACGUUACUGGUCUUCGUGACAAAUGGUUGUCUAGGUAACCCAGACGCCAAGCGAUUGUAUGAUAACCUCUUGAAGACAAGUGGCUACAACAAACUUAUACGACCAGUUGGAAACAACAGUGACACGCUCACAGUCUUCUUAGGACUGAAGUUGUCACAACUUAUAGAUGUGGACGAAAAAAAUCAGAUAAUGACCACUAAUGUUUGGCUACAACAGAAAUGGUUUGACAAGAACUUGGUUUGGGAUCCCAAGGAGUACGGUGGUGUGUCGAAGAUGUACGUCCCUUCGGAGGAGAUCUGGCUUCCCGAUAUUGUAUUGUACGGCAAUGCUGAUGGAAACUAUGAGGUGACACUUAUGACAAAAGCUACACUGCACCCCAAGGGCUUAGUAGAAUGGGAGCCACCAGCUAUUUAUAAAAGCUCCUGCACCAUCAAUGUAGAAUUCUUCCCCUUCGACGAGCAGCUCUGUUCCAUGAAGUUUGGCUCGUGGACGUACGAUGGUUUCCAAGUCGACCUGAAACACAUAGGUCAGAUCGAGAGAGAAGAUCACGAGGGCGCUGUGCUCAUCGACGAAGGCAUCAACCUAAACAACUUCUACCGAAGUGUUGAGUGGGAUAUACUCGAUGCCCCUGCUAAGAGAAACGAGAAGUAUUAUCCAUGCUGCGUGGAGCCUUACCCAGACAUCACGUUCAACAUCACCAUGAGACGUAAGACCUUGUUCUACACUGUGAACCUGAUUAUCCCUUGCGUGGCCAUUUCAUUCCUGACCGUACUCGUCUUCUACUUACCAUCAGACAGCGGGGAGAAAAUUACCUUGUGUAUUUCCAUUCUGCUUUCGCUCACUGUGUUUUUCUUGCUGUUGGCUGAGAUCAUUCCGCCGACGUCGCUCGUAGUUCCUCUUAUAGGGAAAUAUCUCCUCUUCACCAUGAUCUUGGUCACCUUGUCCAUCAUCGUAACCGUCAUUGUCCUAAAUGUCCACUUUCGGUCGCCAUCUACGCAUACAAUGUCGCCUUGGGUCCGAAAAGUCUUCCUAAACAUUCUACCAAGACUGUUGAUAAUGCGGCGGCCAAACCCUGAGAAGGAGCGGGCGCCAAGAGUGGUGGUCCGGACAUGCAACGGCGUCGAAAUCAGAGACUCCUACGGUGAUGGAGGACGGUUGGCGAGCGAAACCUACGAUAGCGCUCACACCAACUACGUGAUGAGGGGUGCAGAGGGUCUCCUCGGCCACGACGCUGACAACACUGGCCUUCGACAACGACGGUAUGCCCCAAAUGUCCUGAAGGCGUUGGAAGGGGUACGAUUCAUAGCCGAGCAUCUCAAGAAAGAUGAUGAAGACGGCAAUAUUAAGGAGGACUGGAAAUACGUAGCAAUGGUGCUAGACCGACUUUUCCUGUGGAUCUUCACGACAGCCUGUGUUGUUGGUACUUUGGGAAUCAUCCUGCAGGCGCCUACAUUGUAUGAUAAACGACCAGCCAUGCCGCAAACUUUGAAUGAUGACUAAAGAACAUCGCCUUCAAACCGCGUGUUUUUUACUUCAUCCAUUGUGCGAGCAUGGUUUGCUACCGGACUCAUCCAUCGUGUAGGCUCUUCAUAUUGACGAACCGAGGGUACCAAUGGCUCAGACUAAGUUUGGGGAUGUCCACUUCAUGCAGAUGUAGGAUGGAGUCAAAGAAGUGGUGGUAGACCUUGUGAUUCCCAGUCCGUAAGAUACCGAGUGUUUGAGCCGGAUCUGCGAAUGGCUGGCGGAUUCUUACCACUUUGACUUGUCUGUAUGCCAAUGGAUGCUAGUGUGUGUAAAAAGGGCCGUGUCAAUAUAGUAACUGUUAUAAUGGCAGUGUUUCAUAGCAACGGUUGCCUCAGUGAUGAAUGCAGAAUAUUUUUAAUUUUUGUAAAUAUUGUACAAUUUGUUGGAAGACUGGUUUUAUUACAACACUUCAACUGUAAAUAUCCUUGACUAAUAUAUAUCUUGCAUUCUUUAUAAUAGUUUAUUCCAAGUUGAGUAAGAGGUAUUACAAAUUGCAGUUUAUUCAUUUGACUUGUAUAUAGAUGUACAGAAAUCACUUCAAAGUGAAAGUGGGCGUCAUGCUCCUAUGAAAAGAUAUGGACAGUCUUCCAGCGAUGAAGUGACCGUCUUCGAGUUUCUCUGAUAGAAGCACAACCUAUCCUCUAUUUCAAAGUGGUCAACUAUUAACCUGAUGCAAAAUAGUGAGAUUAAUCAUUCAUAAAUUGAGACAGAUCUAUACUCAUGAUAUGUCAUAAACAAGCAAGAAUGGUCAACGAUGUAUGUGUGGUGUAUGUCUCUUUUUCACACAGUUUCAACUGUAAUCCCCAAAAAGCGUACACGUCUGAUGAUUGUGUGUAUACACUUCGGAUUUUUCAAUUAUACAUUAUAGUUAGUACAAUGUACAAACGACUUAUUUACCAUUAGUUCGUUCGUAGUGUUAUCGUGGUGUCAUCUUUUCAAAAGUGGUCCGAUGUUCUCCGAUUUCCGCAUACUACAAUCUCUGUAUAAACAAAAUUUGAGUCAUCCAGGAACCAUGUAUUAAAAAAUAAGUGUCAAUCGCAAUAUUUCAAUCUGUGUGCAGGUGGCGGCUCCACAAGAGUAGUUAUCGGAACUCGGGGAACACAUCCUUUUGUGUGAAACUUUGCACGGUUUAGGUAGUAGAUUUUGUUCGAAUUUUCAACACUUACUACACUUUUUGUUGUUGUCAAUGACUCUAAUAUAAUUCCCUUCGUCUCUCAAUACAGUACACAUAAUUUAUUAUUUGACAUUGACUUUUCGUCAUAUUUAAAGAUGUGUAACUUUAAAUUUAUCUUGUCUUCACUAUCCACGAACCAUAGCUUUUAUUCAAAUUCUUGUUGCUAAAACAAUUUAAGAAGUCGAGAAAAACUAAUUAUCGAAAUUUUUAGAAGAUGGCUUUGCUUUUUUUCGAAGAAAAAAAGCUGUACUUCACCGCCGUGUGCUAAGCCAGCACGGAAAAAAUAAAACGAAAUGAUAGCUAUUCCUCGAAAUUAAAUGCUGAUUAUAUCAUUGCUGAUUAGAUUGUUGCAAACAGGCGAUAUCGAAUUGACUAUCGUGUUUGUUGUCUGACUUGUCAACUAUUUGAAGACUGCUAUAUCUUCGACUUCACUAGCACUGCGUGUAUCACGGCUUCUACUACUACGUGUAUCUUUCAUUGAAUUUGUUCCGACCUCAGUCGUUUUUAUUAUACUUUCAUGUAAUAAUCCUAUUUUCUUCUCGUUUAAGCCUAAAAGAACACCUAGUGGAUUUUGUAACACUUUGAAUUUCGGCAUGGUCUUGUAGGUCUCCUUACUUUUGUAUUUAAAAAGAUUAUUCAAAUUUUAUUUUGAACACCAGUAUUUCAAUGGGUCACUUAUACUUGUACUUGCAUUAAUACAUGUAUGCAUGACGUUAGGCAAACGGGUAAGAAAUGCUGAGUUGCUAAGUGGUUUAAUUCCUGUAUGUAAUGACUGCGACACCAAUAUUGUAUAUAAAAGAUAAACAAUAUUCCGUUAUGAAUCCUUUUAUUAGUGUAAUUAAGGUUAGCCAGUUGGAUCUUCAACCUGCAUGGACCAACGGACAACAGCUUGAUGUGGUUAAUUUAAUUUAAUUUAAUAAACAGCUUUUAUUAUAAAAAUAUAAACAUAAAUGGAUGAUAAAACAGGUCGCUAUGACCUCUUACAUUAUGUCCAUAAAAUAAUUUUAGUUCAGAAUAAAACACAAGGUAUACAUGAUGAAGUUUUUGGCGAAUGCUCUUCCCUUCAACGUCAAGCAGGAGAGACUGCCUGAUAUCAAAUGGAAGCGCAUUCCAGAUUUUUCCAACCCCAACGAAUGAGCUUGCCACAAAAGUCUCUGUUUUAAAACGUGGACACGGGAGGAUAAGAUCAUCACCCCAACGCGUAGUAAAAGUCACGUCUGGGGCAUGAGUUUGAGAUAAAACAGUAUUUCCAAGCAAACAAUGGCACACAAAUACAACAUCGCCUAGCUCUCGUCGAAAGGAAAGUGGCAGUAAACCAAGCAGUCCAAGCCUAACCUGAUAGGGGUGAUCACCACCUAAUAUUUGUUUUGUUACUCUUCGUUGUACACCCUCAAUAGAAAGUAAAUACGGUCCGCUAAGGGAGGUUCCACUGUAUGUUGCUUGUAACCUUUUUUGUGAACAGGAACUACAUUACUUGACUUCCAGUCAGAAGGCAAUAGACCACUCUGCAUUGACACAUUAAACAUGUGACUAUACAAGAGGCUGCUAUUGCUGGGGCACUGGCUUGUAGAAACCUAGGAUACGAAUUGUCCGAACCACUUGCUUUGCUUGUAUCAAGUUGAACGCUGCUGGCCGAUUGAUCGAGACAUUUGCGAUACUCACGAAAGUCUCUGGUGCCCAAUUUAUUCGUACGACCCAUUGUCUAAUAACUCCAUAGCAUAUGUGUGGGAAACCAGAGCUAUUGGAAUAAAAGUGAUAUGAUAAUGUAUCUUGGAUUUGUAACUAAUUCAGUUCUGGAAACACUUUGUGAGGAUACUGCUUUAGAUGCUGUUCAAUCUUGUACACAGAGUAUUGCUUUCACAAUUCCUUCAAAAGACCGGGCAAUUUGUUGGGAGGAUGUGUGUCAGUGAUCCUGUUCCAAUGUGAUAAGAAGUUUUGUCUAACUUAUGUCAUGGAAAGUAGUUUACUUUGAUGAAAUCCUGUAUUCUGGCCCAAAAUUUGCAAAUGAAUGGUGUAACAUAUCAAUGCUAUCCAGGGUUUUCGUAGAACCGAUGGUGGUUUUGCCUCUCCAUACGGCAGUGUGGAGCAGUGGGAGAACAUAUUAGUCCCUCGUACAGCCAGUUAGUUUCUCCUUUCCUGUUUAGAAAGAUAUAUGGCUAUGGAACCAAGAUCAAUAUCGAAACCAUUUCAAUGUAUGUAGGCAGCCAAUGUUGCCCUCUAUACAGUCCAUAUGUUACUGUUAAUGAACGACGAGAAACGUCUACUGCCACGGAUGCUUUACAUCCAUGCUACUGCUAAGUUCGAAAAAGGUCAUAGAAUCCGGAACAGAUAACUGAGUUAAUGCAGCUACUUAAUCUGCAGCUACUUAUUCUUCUGAGCAUAAACAGUAUUGUUAAUGGAAUCACAGAGGCAUGCGUGGUGGAAUCUGUCUAUGGGGUAAACAAGUCUUGGUGAGGUCGGACACUUUGACCAAAAGAAAUUUAGAUUUUACAUCUGCCCGUUUGGAUGGGCGGUAUGAGUUGUAAUUGAGAGGGAAUCGAUUGUGCUAAGCCUAACACACUGUUGUUUGACAGAAACACGGGAGUGACAGAUUCCACUUACAUUCAGUUGGUGUCGUCUUCAAGCACAACAUGCUUCCAGGAACCUUGUACGGGCGUCGGUCCUUCAAACACAGUAUUUCGGCAAUGGCCGAUGUUGUGAAGUGAUGUAUCUUGGUUAACAUUCAAAUUCCGAAUGAGCCACUCGGCUGCUCAUACAACUGUGUGUAGAAGGAAGGAUAGGCUGUACGCGAUCGUCUUAGAAGAUGAACGAAGAGAGGACGGACAAACAUCGCUCAUGCCUGCCUUUUCAUGAUGACGUCAUGGUCUAGUGCUAGUUUCGUUUAGAUUGCACUAUUGCCGUGUAUGCAUGACCAAAUGUUAAUCAAUUUAAUGUACAUGUGUACCCUAAGAAUUGUAGUGGUGAUAUCCUGCAAUUACCAGGUGACACAUUUUGCGAUAUUGAUAUUUUGAAAGAGGUAGGCAGAAUACAACAGUAAUGCAUGGUAUAAAUUUAUUUGUAUUUUAUAUGUGAAUGUAACCUGCGUAUUUAUUUCAUAUCUUUUCAAAAUGCUGAUGAGACAACUCAAAAGUGUACGAAGUGUUUCUAAUGUCGUGAACUUGCAUCAAGUGAAAUCUGCAGCAGAUCGUAGCCGAAACGUCUCUUUCAUACCAUCGCACAUUGAUUAUGCAAUACAGUUUACUUUUAUGUUAACAUUAAGAUUGCAAAGUUGUUGGGCAAAGGUACCUCUUACCCAAAUGAUGAAUAAAAGGUAUUACUAUUCUUUUGUAAUAGCA